AUGGCUCUUCCCCACCCCGAAUGCUGCCCGUCCGUCAGCAGUGAGUUUGAUUUGUGGACCUUACCCCCGACCGACACCAGCGUUCGAGAAGGCCGCUGGGAUGCUUACAGCCCCAUCGCCAGCCUGAGUGAUGUGGGACCUGUAGAAUUUGUCAUCACCAACGCUGACGCAGACACUUACUUGGACUUGGCCAACACCAUGCUGUACGUGAAGGCAAAAAUCCUCAACGGGGACGGGACGGCUGUGGCGGCUGACAAGAAGGUGGCUCCGACUAACCUGUGGAUACAAUCCAUGUGGCGACAGGUCGACGUCUCCCUGAACGAUAAACUCAUCACGCCGUCCACCAACAUGUACCCAUACCGGGCUUACUUGGAGACAUUGUUGUCUUACGGUAAAGAGGCUAAAAAGAGCCAGCUGUCUGCUGCCUUGUGGUAUGCAGACACCCCAGGAAAGUUUGACACGAUGAGUGACACCAACGAUGGAUUUGCCGAUCGGCUGGAGUGCACGGCUGAAAGUCGGUCGGUUGACAUGCUGGGUCGCCUGCAUUGUGACAUGUUCCUGCAACACCUACACCUGCUCAACAACGUCACGGUCCGCAUCCGUCUCACCCCGGCUAAGGAUUCGUUUGCUUUGAUGUCCGAUGAAGCCGCUCCCGGCUACAAGACUCGCUUGGAGGAGGUCUUGAUCUUUGUGCGCAAAGUGAAAAUCACCAGCGGUGUGCAACUGGGGCAUUUGAAAGCCUUGGCCAAAGCUCCUGCCAAGUACCCAAUCCGCCGCGUGCUGACCAAGUAUUUCUCUGUCCCCAGAGGCCACACCCUCAUCAAUGAACAAAACCUAUUUCUGGGCAGCUUACCGACACGUUUAGUGGUGGGGUGUGUGAGCAACAAGGCUUUUGACGGGGACUACACUAAAAACCCGUUUCGUUUCCGACACUACUACACAAACUUCGUCGCCUUGUACGUCGGCGGUCGUCAGAUUCCAACCAAGCCCCUGACACCCGACUUUGAGAACGAGAAUUUCAUCCGCACGUACAUGAACCUCUUUACCCACACGGGGAAAGCGUUCCACGACGAGGGAAACAAUAUCAAGCGCACCACAUUCGCCGAAGGCCACACGCUGUUUUGUUUCGACUUGACCCCUAGCCUCCACGAUGACCACCAACUGAACCUGACGUGUUUACCCGGGCUGUGGUGGGGGCAGGAGGUGGGGUCUACCCUCGGGAUCAUCUCCCCUCACUUCCCCCACCCCCCUCACGACCCUCACGCCCCACCCCUAGGAUCCCCUGGACCCCCUGGGCGUGCAUCAUUAACACAGACACGUGUCUUCGCCCAGGACGACAUUGGGUCGCCGUCUUCAUAG